AUGGACGCGAUACACGAGAUGGAGGACACCUACAAAAAUUCUGCAGCCAUUGCUGGGAACACCGCGACAAUGUUAGAAGCUUUCUCAAAGGCAGCCCUUUCAACUAGCGCUGCGCACUUGGUGCAGAUUGCGAGUCAAGUCGCAGGGAUAGCCGAUGAUUCGAUUGCUAGUAAGGUCAAGCUCGUCAAAGCUGCUCGUCGACUAUCUCGAAUAGAAGCUUCUGGAAAGGCUCAUGUCGUACGCGAGCUUAUACUUGAGUCCGCCGCACUCGCACGAGAAGCUGAAAAUGUAGGAAACGAGAUCCUCAGGUGCAGUGCCAUUGACUUGGGAAACGCUGGGCGUUCUUUCCUACAACUCGCUGCUUUGCACAACAUGGAUGGACUGGUGGAAGAGCAAGCCGACCAAGAUAAUGAGGAAGUCCCAGAGCAACCGACAACCUGGAUCUCUUCAUGGUGGUCCAAAAGGAAAAGAAUGAGAGAUAUUGAAUCUUUGAAGGCUCCUUUGCUAAAUCCAGCUGCCUCAAUGGUCAGGGACAAUACCUCUACCACCGUUCCACAGGGCCAGGGGAGGCUAUGUGACAAGUGGCUAGGCAUGCAGACAUGCGCCCUUGCAAUGUCUCUCAGUUUGCUCCCCUACAUGGGAAGAGAUGGCCUUUUUAAGGAUAAAACAAUUUUCUCAAGUAAUUAUCUGUGGCGGGUGGAUUUGCUAUUCAAGUUGUGGUGGGGCUUGGUAGCUCUUGGCGUGCCUUGCAGUUUGUAUGGUCGCGGUUGUAUGGCGCAGCAGUAUGCCCGUGUGUCCGGCCACUUGGCAAUACUUGGCCUGACUUUUCUUGUUGGCAUGUUCUCUCAUUGGAUACUGGAGAUUGAGGCGAUUGAGGCGACAAUACUGUUGAAAUCUUUUCUUGGCCUUACAGCCGCGGGUUUUAUUUGCUUGUUCAUAGCUUGCUGCGCAGCGGGUGACCUGUAA